CGAGCAUUCGAAAAGGUUUGUUGAUUGUUCAUUGUUUACAGUUGCUGUAUUUGUUCUUGUGCUGUAAUUAUUUCGAAAGGCAUUCAUGAACAAAAAGAAAUCAAGAUGUCCCUGAAUAACAAACCAAUCAACCUUCAGCAGUAAUAAGUCAACCAUUCAACAGUACCUAAACCAGGCUCAUUGGCCUUGCCUGAUCAAAUAACACGCCUCCCUCAUUAAUAUUCAUGAGACUGUUUACCAUAUCUACAUAGAAACUAUACAAGCCAUGUCGCUGUUCAUUCCUAGACAUGUGGGAGGAGGUUUGGUAGGGCCUAGAAGGUAUCACAGCUUAUAUACACCUAGAAAACCCCUCCUGCAUGGCACAAUGGAAGCCAAUGAAAACAUUUACAAUGACGACGACCUAGGAAAUGCGAAUACCCACCAUAUCGUUUAUCUGCACGCUGGGCAAGUGUUCGCUGGGCUGCGGCCUGCGAAAAAAAGUGAACGUCUUGUUUUAGAUGUUGAGACGAGACCAACAUCGAUACCGGCCAAAAUUCCAGUUAUGGACGAACAAACGAAGAGAAGGAUUUAUGAUUUAGCAUUUGCGACUCUAAAAUACCAAACACUCUUAGAAGAUAUGUUGGUUGAUAGUGGCUACUAUAGUUACAAUACAAUACCUGACGAAAAUCACAGUUUAAUCAUGGUUAUACUAUGUGAUAUGAUUAGCAGACACUUCGCCAAAUUACCAAAGACAAGAGACGACCCAAUUAUCCCAUAUAUACAAGAAAUCGAAGAGGACCUGAUCGCCCACACAACUAAACUGAACGCCUCGCUGGCACGCAAUCGAAUUAAGUUCCAAGCAAGAAGCGUUGAACAUUUACUGCCAGAGGCCGUACGAGAACGUGAGAAAUGUGGGUCACAAAUUCCGACAUAUGCUUGGGUGAACGAGCUGAAAUCAAGUGUUGCAAACGUAGUAGCAGAAUUAGAGGAGGACGGGUAUCAGAAGUUAGGAUGCCUAGACCUUCUAGAAGAGUACACCUUCGCCAAAGACACGCACUGCAGCAAUGUGCUCGUGUUCUCUGCGCAACAGCGUGAGGAGUUAUCGGCGCAUGAUUUAGUAAAAUCUGGUUCUCUGAUCAUACAGGACAAGACCAGCUGUUUAGGACCACACUCGUUAAAGUCACUACUCAAUGAGGGAGAGGACAUUUUGCAUACCAUGGUCGGGUCUGGUUGGACCACUGCACAUAUAGCAACUUUAUGCAAUCAAGAAAAAAGUACAAUCUAUGCGUGCGGUGUUAAAACAGACGAAAAACUAGAUCAACUGACAAUCAAUAUGGAAAGAUUAGGAAUACAUAAUGUGAAAUUAAUAAAGGAAGAUUUCUUUGAGCUGCAGCACACUGACCCUCGGUUCAAGAACGUGAAACUUGCCCUGGUCACUCCGCAGGACUCAAGGUCAGGGAUCACGAACCCAGUCGAAUACAUCAUUCACGAGGGAGAAGAUGCAAGUAUAUUACGGGAACUGUCUCAGGAAAACACAGAUGAAGACAAACUUGAUGGUCUGGUGUCAAGGCACAUGGAUACCUUAAAACAUGCAAUGAAAUUUCCAAGGGUGCAAGCAGUUGUUUAUACGACAUGUUCUAUACACGAGGCAGAGAAUGAAAACGUUGUCACAAAAGUAACGGAAUACCUGAACGCAAGGAAUGCCGGGUCAAGGAAUAAUUUCCGACUCAUUCCACCAGUACUACCUCUGACGCAGAAAGAUCUUGAAAAUCAGACAUCAGACAGGUUCUUAAAAAUCAACCCCUCACCGUUGAUGGGAGGUUGUUUCGUAGCAGUGAUUAGUCGAGAGGAUGAAGCUUUGACAGCUUCUGACAUCCUCGCAAGAGCUGCCGCCAAGGGUCUCUGCGACACACCAGAGGGUAACAACAAUAACGAGGAGGAGAAAGCCAAAUCAAAGAGGCGAUCAUCCAAGAGCAAGGGCAUCUCCCCGAAAUCAAGCAAGUCAAAUCUGAACAAGAAGACGCCCACAAAGCAUAUGAGGUCGUCAAAGAGCAGUCUGACAUCAAAGAUAAGCGACAGUAGUUCAGGUACUUCCCCACCAGCCACAACUCAACGCAAGUCUCGAAUCGUGCGCACAGCAAGUGAUCCAAGUAUAGUACAGGAUUCCAACUCCUCAAACUCUACAGAUUCAUUUGCUGAGAAGCACUCUGCCAAGUCAUGCAAAUCUUCUGCAACCAAAGCACCAUAAAUCAUCCCCACCACCAGGUAGCAUGUAAAUGCCUGUCACUUCUGUCACUACUGUACCAUGGCAUUGCUAUAGUUAUUGUUGUUUCUUGUUGCUUGAUCCUUCCAUGCUCUAGUUAACCAUUGCUUCUUGAUUCUACCAUGAUAUUCCUUUAGUUACCAUUGCUUGUUGAUGUUAUGGCAUUCCUAUAGUUUACCAGUGCUUCUUAUUACUGUUACAAUGGUAUACCUAUAGUUGGUACUUCCUGUUGAUGGUACCAUGGCAUUGCUAUAGUUAUCUUUUGCUUGUUGAUGCACCAGGGCAUUGGUAUAAUUAUUACCAUAGCAUGUUGAUGCUACCAUAUUCUUUUUGUCACCAUUGCUUGUUGAUGCUACCAUAGUACUCCUAUAGUAGUUACCAUUGCUUGUUGAUGCUACGAUGGCAUUGCUCUAGUUACCAUUCCUUGUGGAUGCUACCAUGGCAUUCCCAUAGUUACCAUUGCUUAUUGACGUUACCAUGACAUUCCUUUAGUUACUAUUGCUUGUUGAAGAUAAUGGUAUUCCUAUAGUUACCAGUGCUUGUUGAUGAUACCAAGGCUGUGCUAAAGUUACUAGUGCUUCUUGUUGAUAUUACCAUAUUUCAUACUAUAGCUCUUAUGCUGAUGAAGGCAUUUUGAUAGUUUCCAUGUGUUUUUUUUUUGUUUUUUUUUCGUUUUUGUUAUUGUAUUUCUAUAGUUCAUUUACUACUUUUUGUAUUGCUACCAUGGUCACCAUUUAUUAUUUCUAGUAAUUUUAUCAUUGCUUUAUAUUGUGCUACCAUAGCAGUUCUACCAUGGCUUUGUAUUUUGUUACCAUGGCUUGUUGAAGUUUGUUGCCAUUGUUUCCUAUUUUGUAGAUUGCAUUUCUAAUUACCAUGGCUUUCUAUACCUUUUACUAAAGACAGCAUUGCUUCAUUCUUGUAGGACUCGAUUGCUCCAUACACAGCAAAAACAUACUAUAUUUUAACUUAUAGUAAAUAUUAUAUAUAGUAAUAUAGUAACACACUGUGGUAUAUAGUAAAUUAGUAACAUACUAUGUAUGGUAUAUAGUAAUAUAGUAACAGAAACAGCAUUAGUAGCAUUUAUAACAAUAAGUAGAUAUUUUUAUGAAAGCUUUCUAUGAAAUUUACUAAAAUAUACACAUGUUACUUCAGACAUGUGUCCACACAAUACGAUUCAUACCAGGGCGGUUUGGCGCUGUGGAAAUGGUUUGGAUUCCCAACCUCAAGGUCAGGGUUUCAAAACUUCUUUGUGCAUUUUGCUUGUGUCCUUGGGAAAGCACUUAAUGUACAUUGCUUCAGUCUACCCAGCUGUAUCAGUGGAUACCAGCAAAUUGCUGGGGGUAACCUGUGGUGGGCUAGUGUCAAACCCAGGGGGAGCAUCACAAUCUCAUCCGCUUCACGCUACUUGAAAUUGGUGGUAAGCUCCAGCCCAUAUGAGGCCCGUGGCUUGGCAAGGGUUUACUUUUACUUUAAAGCUUAGAAGUAAAUAGGCAAAAUUCUUUGAAGCAAUAAGCACCUCUCUGUUGUUUUCUUUUUCAAUAUCACUUGUAUGCUAAUGAAUGAUGUGCAUUGUGAAUUUUGAUUGGUUGAUCUCACAUGCUAACUUUAUUUUAUGUGUUUUUAUUGGUUGAUUUUUCUGUAAUCUUAAGGUUAUUACAUUGGAUUUAUUCGGUGUAAACACCAAGGAUAUCCCUCAAAAGUCUAGAAGAAGACUUAUUUCCAGUGGGGUCCUUCUGGUGGUGAUUGGGCAGUACACCGGAAGACAAUCCCCAUCUCUUUUCCAAAUAGUGUACUGCGUUCUUUAAUGUGCACAUAGGCCAUUAAAUGCACACAGGCAUUAAACGUCUCAUCUGAAAGAUGUUGCGCUAUUGUAACUUGUAUUUCAGCCCUCCAACUGAAACACAAGGAGAGGGAGCGAUAGGAAUUGAACCGGGGACCUAGAGAUCUCUACGGGUGUAAACGCAACAUUGAUCUUUCUGUUUUUUAUUUAUUAAAUUUUUACUAAUGAUUUCCAUAUUAAAAUAUCUAAUUUGUAUUUUGAAU